UUCAAAUCUUACCUUUGGAAGAGUGGCGGCGGCACUGGCUGUGGCGCUGGUGAUGGAGGGGCAGAUCCUGAGGGGACCCGAGCUCCGCCCGGCGGGGCUUCCCGCCCAGCAGGACUGCAGCAUUCAAGAAAAAAUAGAUUUAGAAAUUCGAAUACGAGAAGGGGUAUGGAAACUCCUUUCUCUGAGCACUCAGAAAGACCAGAUUUUGCAUGCAGUUAAGAAUCUCAUGGUGUGCAAUGCUCGAAUAAUGGCUUACACAUUGGAGCUGCAGAAAUUAGAAGAGCAGAUUGCAAAUCAAACUGGAAGAUGUGAUGUGAAUUUUGAAAGUAAAGCACGAACAGCAUGUAAGGGAAAGAUUGCCAUAUCAGAUAUUCGUAUACCACUAAUGUGGAAAGACUCUGAUCACUUCAGCAAUAAAGAACGAUCACAGCACUAUGCCAUUUUUUGUUUAUUCAAAAUGGGAGCUGAAGUUUUUGAUACUGACAUGGUGAUUGUGGAUAAAACAAUCACAGAUAUAUGUUUUGAAAAUGUGACCAUAUUUAAUGAAGCAGGGCCAGACUUUCAGAUAAAGGUGGAAGUAUAUAGUUGCUGUACAGAAGACUCUUCUAUAACCAACACACCAAAAAAAUUAGCUAAGAAACUGAAGACAUCUAUAAGCAAAGCUACAGGGAAGAAAAUAAGUUCAGUGCUUCAAGAAGAUCAUGAAAUGUGCUUGUCCUUCAGUUCUGCUAUUUAUGGUGCAAAGUACAGUUUGCUAGCUCAUACUACGCUGAGCUUGGAAAGUGCUGAGAAUAGCUUCAAGACCCAUAAUCUGUCUAUUAAUGGGGAUGACGAGUCUUCGUUUUGGCUUCCCUUAUAUGGUAACAUGUGCUGCCGAUUAGUCGCCCAACCAGCUUGUAUGGCUGAGGAUGCGUUUGCAGGAUUUCUUAAUCAGCAGCAAAUGGUAGAAGGUCUGAUUAGUUGGAGAAGGUUGUAUUGUGUUUUAAGAGGGUGUAAACUCUAUUGUUUUUACACUCCAGAAGAAAUCGAAGGUAAAGUGGAACCAGCUUUGGUAGUGUCCAUUAACAAGGAAACCAGAAUUCGGGCAAUGGAUAAGGAUAAAAAGAAAAGAAUCCAUAAUUUCUCUGUCAUCAACCCUGUUGCUGGACAGGCUACAACUCAUAUUUUUGCAGCUGACAACAGAGAAGAUCUUCAGAAGUGGAUGGAAGCCUUCUGGCAGCAUCUCUUUGAUCUUAGCCAAUGGAAGCAUUGUUGUGAAGAACUUAUGAAAAUUGAGAGUAUGUCACCACGGAAACCACCUUUGUUCUUGACAAAAGAGGCAACCUCAGUCUACCAUGAUAUGAGCAUUGAUUCACCUAUAAAACUUGAAAGUUUAACUGAUAUAAUACAAAAAAAAAUUGAACAGACAAAUGGAGAGUUCCUUAUUGGUCAGCAUGAAGAAUCCUCACCACCUCCUUGGGCCGCACUCUUUGAUGGUAAUCACCAAGUUGUCAUCAAGAAAAAGGUAUUAUCUCCUGCAAGCAAGCAGUUACAUGAUGGGAAAGGGAAAAAGAGGCGAGCUCCCCUUCCUCCUUCUGGUAAAGCUGCAUUCAGCUUAAAAACACAGAGCAACACGGAUCAAUUGGUUAAGGACAACUGGGAAAAAACAAGUGUAUCUCAGACCUCGCCUUUGGAUACCAAAUUAUCAACCCUAAUGCAUCACUUGCAGAAACCAAUGGCUGCUCCUCGAAAACUUCUUCCUGCCAGGAAAAAUAGUUUAACUGAUGGUGAGCACACAGACACUAAAACCAAUUUUGAAGCCAAGCCAGUGCCAGCUCCACGGCAGAAAUCUAUCAAAGACAUUUUGGACCCUAGAUCAUGGUUGCAGGCACGCGUGUAGAAAACCCUUAAUGUCUAAGACAUUUAACAAAAUCUGUAACUGUGAGGCUUAAUUCAGAAGCACUAUAGAUGUAGUAAUAUGUAAUUAUGUAGGUAAAUAUGACAGUGAUUUACAUCA